AUGGCAUCCGCAGCUCCAUUCAACCCACCGGCAGCCGACCUGCCCGGCAAGCCUUUUGUGCCAGAGUGGAUUCCUCCCCCAAUCACUCAGCAAAAGGAGAACUUUGCUACCCUCAAGUCCAUUGAUCUGUCACUGCUCGACUCUGAGGACCCCAAGAUUGUCGAGGACCUUAUUCAGCAGGUCAAGAUUGCCAUUAGAGACGAUGGUUUCCUAUUCCUUGAAAACUACGGUAUCUCGUUAGAGCAGCUCCACCGUCAGUUCGCCAUUGCACAAUACAUGUACAACAACAUCACCGAGGAAGACAAGGAACGCCUUCUAUUCAGCCCUGACACUGGUGUGUGGUCAGGAUACAAGCACCCAUAUGGGUUCAAGCGCCACCGAGGACCCCCCGAUGGAAUCGAGCAGUUCAACUGGUACAAACCCGACUGGGAGGACGUCGACAACCGGGUACCCAAGUGUCUGCACCCCUUCAUGGACGAGAUUGAGGAGUUUUGCAACUACCUGACCAAGUCGGUCAACCGAAGACUCCUGACGCUGUUUUCGCGCGUGCUCGAGCUGCCCGACGACUACCUCUGGGAUAAUGUACAGUCGCACGGCAGCCCCACGGGCGAGGGCUACUUCCGCCACGCCCUGUUCCGCCCUGUGCAAAAGGAGACCGAGGAGGCGUCCAAGGGCCUGCGCAUGCACGGCCACACCGACUUUGGCCUGACCACGCAGCUCUUUAGCGUGCCCAUCUCGUGCCUCCAGAUCUGGGGCCGCGACGAGCAGUGGUACUAUGUCCCCUACAAGCCGGGCGCCCUCGUCAUCAACAUUGGCGACACGCUCGAGAUUGUCUCGGGCGGCCACUUCAAGGCCACGCGCCACCGCGUCUUCAAGCCCCCCGUCGACCAGCUCCAGUCUGAGCGCCUGUCUCUGGUGCUGUUCAACAGUUCCGUGGGAAGUCUUCCCAUGUCUCCUGCUUGGAACUCUCCCUUGAUUCAGCGCGAAGGCUGCAUCGAGGAGCAGGGCAUCUUCAAGGAGUUCAAGAAGCUCACCUCCAACGGACAAAUCGUACCGACCAACAAGCAGUGGCGCGAGAUCCAAAUCUCCACGGCGACCGACCCGACCGACCAGGAGCACAACCGCGUCGGCGUCCACCAGGUGGUUGUCGACGGCAAGGUUAUGCACCAACGCGAGUACAUGGGCAUGAAGGUUGUCCUUCCCGUAUAA